AUGCGGCCCCAACCUCACUGUCACCCCCUCCCCGUCCUGGGGAGCUGGUGGCUUUUUUCUACAGGAGAAACCAUAAAGGCUGCCCUGUGCAAAGAUGGUCGCUUCAUACCUGAGCUAGAGGAAAAAGACUGGAAACUGAUGGAAGGUAACAAGGCCAUACCUAACACUCAUUCAGUUAACAGGUUAUCUAACAGGACCUUUUAUGUGGAAGUGGAGAAACAUGCUAAAUCUGGUGGUGGUCCAAAUAAGGAAUUGGUUCCUCAGGCCUCUCAAAAGCUCAGAACCUUCCAUUAUUUUAAACCUCAUCUCCUGGACUGCUAUCCUAGCUUGAAGAAACAAAAAGACAUCAUUGAUGACUUUUUUGCAAAUGCCAAGAAGCAACACAAGCAGCCAAAUGAUAUCCUGAAAGUGUACAAAACACAUUACAGCAAGGAGAUAAAGAAUGCCACUCCAAUUAAGAUGGUAAAGAUCCAGGCUAAUCUCAGUCGUUCAGUUGGGUAUAUAGAAUGGGGCAUUACUGGAAAGGAGGGUUCUGCCACUUGCUUUGUUUUAUGCAAUAGAUACAUACUAACCUGCCACCAUGUGGUAGGGAUGAUAGUUGGAGAUGGGAUUGAAGAAAAGGAAUGGGCAGUCAAAAUGAGCAAGUCGGCCCGUGUGACUUUCUCCUAUGAAGACAACCAUCCUAAGGAAGAAGACUGGUUUUCACUUGAGGAGUGGCUUGAAAUAUCAGAUAAAGAUCUUGAUUUUGCCGUCCUGCAACUGAAGGAAAAUGAAAAUGAAAGCAAACUUCCAGAAGGCCUGGUGCCAUUUACUUACCCUCCACCAUUUGUUGGUAUUCUUUACAUCAUUGGUCAUCCAGAUGGAGAAACAAAGUCUCUGGAUAGCUGUUCUGUUGUCACUGUAUGUCAGCGUCAGCAGGAGUGUGACUGUCGUUAUCAGCAGGGCCAGGAGGCAGAAUGCAACAACUUUAACUGUGGCUACCAUGCCGAGGGUAGCCGCUGCAUCCAUAUGCUCAGUCCAAGAGUUUACUCAGAAGUAAUCAAUAAACUUGAUGUAGUUACCUAUGAUACCUCUUUCUUCUGGGGAUCAUCAGGUUCACCUGUAUUUGACAAAAAUGGAAACCUUGUUGCAGUGCAUGCUGCUGGUUACCAUUAUAGAGGCAAAUCCAAGCAGCGCAGCAUAAUUGAAUUCGGCUAUUCAAUGAAGUCAAUCCUUUCAGUAAUUGAAAAGAAACAUAAAUGUUGGUAUGACUCUCAAAUUGUUUCUGGUAUACAGACUGGUCCUGAUACAGGAGAAGCUGCCUCAGGUGAACCUAUGGAGAUAGAUUAAAAUAUCUACCGUCUAUGGUGCCCCCUGGUGGUUGUGGAAGAGCACCUUUUUGGCAGAGGCACCUGGCAUCUUUGUCUUUCCUGUGCCAUGUUUUUGUGUAUAUCUAUAUUGGGAUUGUGUAUUGUGGAGUCUAUGAAUGACUGUUUGUUUGGUCCUUAGUUCUUCUUUCUUGCUUGCCUCUAUCUGCCUUGCUUCAUGCAGUCCACCUAAACUGAAGGCCACAAGCCCUGAAGGUGCUGGAGCAUCAGCUUUGGAUAGGUCGAUUACGACUUAUGACGACCCUAUGAAUCAGUGACUUCCAAUAGCAUCUGUCAUGAACCACCCUGUUCAGAUCUUGUAAGUUCAGGUCUAUGGACCUGAUUCCUUUAUGGAAUCAAUCCAUCUCUUGUUUGGUCUUCCUCUUUUUCUAUUCCCUUCUGUCUUUCCCAGCAUUAUUGUCCUUUCUAGUGAAUCAUGUCUUCUCAUGAUGAGUCCGAAGUAUGAUAACCUCAGUUUCAUCAUAUUAGCUUCUAGUGAUAGUUCUGGUUUAAUUUGUUCUAACACACAAUUGUCUUUUUCGCAGUCGAUGGUAUGCGCAAAGCUGUCCUCCAACAUCACAUUUCAAAUGAGUUGAUUUUUCUCUUACCCACUUUUUUCACUGUCCAACUUCCACAUCCCAUACAUAGAGAUCGGGAAUACCAUGGUCUGAACAAUCCUGACUUUAGUGUUCAGUGAUAUAUCUUUGCAUUUGAGGACCUUUUCUAGUUCUCUCACAGCUGCCCUCCCCAGUCCUAGCUUUCUUCUGAUUUCUUGACUAUUGUCUCCAUUUUGGUUAAUGACUGUGCCAAGGUAUUGAUAAUUCUUGACAAGUUCAACGUCCUUUUUGUUAACUUUAAAGUUACAUAAAUUUUCUGUUGUCAUUACUUUAGUAACUUUGGAAACCCUAUGAACAGAAUAUCCAAAAUGCUCUCAUAUUACUGAAUUACAAAUGAUACAUUGUAAUCUCGUUCUGUUGACCUGGAGGCUAGGCACAACUGUUGUGCAGUUUGCCUUGGUGUAGAGCAGAGAUAACCAAUGCGGUACCUUCCAGAUGUUGGACUACAUCCCCCAUCAUCCCUGACUAUUGGCCAUGCUGGCUGGAGCCAAUGGGAUCUGGAGUCCAAUAACAACCAAAGGGCACAAUUUUGGCUACUCCUAGUUUAGAGAUAAGAGUGGGAGCCCUUUUGAAAUGGCUGCACUAAUGAUACAGUGUGUAAACGUGUGUGCAUAUAUAUAUAAUUUAUCCAAAAUGUUUGUUUUGCCAAUGCAAUCUAUAAUCUUUUCAAUGCUAUUCAUAUUUUUAUUCUGUUGUUGGUUCAUAAUCUCAUUAAUCAUUGAUUAGCAUAUGUAAAUAUAUAUCAGAUUACUUUAAGGUAUUUUCUAAAUUACUUUAAGUUGCUGUAGUUUCAAAUAUUUUUGUUUUAUUUUCUAUCAGUUCAUUGUUUCAUAACACCAUUAAGCUUUGUACAUCAAUAAA